ACAGCAAAUCAUGCGCUCCUCAUGCGCCUCUCUCACUGCAGCUAGCUGGUAGCAUCUGCUAGCUGCUGCUAAUUUGCGAGCGACGACAUGGAAAGUAGUGAAGGGAUGGAGGUGGAGGACUGGGACUCCAGUCUGGAGGAAGAGUUGGGUGUUUCUUUGGAGGAGCUGAAGAAGUGGAUUGAGGAGACCGUGGAGAAGAGUGAGAUCGUACAGAACAAAAAGGCUCAACUUACAGAGCUGAAGGAAUUGGUGGAGCAGAAAGAGAAGGAGGAGGCUAUGGCAGAUACACUGCUCAAGGAUGCUAAUCAGUCUUUAUUGGAAUGUGAGAUGCUGGUGAAGGCAACCUACUAUAGGAACGGCCUUGUUUACCGGGAGAGCAGCUCAGAGGAUGAGGGGGGCGGAGGAGGGGUGUUGUCCUCCGAGGUCAUAGAAAUAGAUGAUGAUGACGAUGACGAUGUCAUUGCUGUUGGCUGUUUGGUUCCUCCAAAGAAGCCUUUGACUCCUGUGAAAGAUUCAAUGUUAAAAGAAACGUCUGCAGCUUUGCAGAAAACCACUCAGCAGGUGCAGAAGUUGGUUCAAAUAGUUACCAAGCCAACACUGGGGACCUCUUUGCUCCGAUCCCCCGGACAGCCUCUGUCUCAGACAGGUGUUCAGGGUUCAGUGCCUGCAGUGUUCGUAUCACAGGUUGCUUCUCAAUCCAUGAGCCAACCCAAGCCAAAUGUAGCGGAGGGUGAGCUUCGCAUUGGGAUGAGCAUUCUGGGAAAGAAACGCACCAAGACGUGGCACAGAGGCACCCUUGUAGCUAUUAACCCCAUCGGAAAUGGUUUAUUCAAAUAUAAAGUGAAGUUUGACAAAGGAAAGAGUCUGCUGUCUGGAAAUCAUGUGGCUUUUGACUAUAAUCCCACACUGGAGAGUUUGUAUGUUGGAGCACGUGUAGUCGCCAAGUACAAGGAUGGCAGUCUGGUGUGGCUCUAUGCUGGAAUAGUAGCAGAGAUGCCCAACAAUAAGAACCGUAUGAGGUUUAUGAUAUUCUUUGAUGAUGGCUAUGCUUCAUAUGUGACAUUACCUGAGCUCUACCCUGUCUGCCGACCAUUAAAGCGUACUUGGGAAGACAUAGAGGAUGCAUCGUGUCGAGAUUUCAUCGACGAGUACAUCACCGACUAUCCCAGCAGGCCGAUGGUGCUCCUAAAGGUCAACCAGAUAAUCAAGACAGAGUGGGAGGGAACGUGGUGGAAGAGUAAAGUGGAGGACGUUGAUGGCAGCUUGGUCAAGAUCCUCUUCCUGGAUGAUAAGAGGAGUGAGUGGAUCUAUAGAGGGUCCACCAGGUUAGAGCCAAUGUUCAACCUGAAGAUGACUACAGCCAACACUCACGAAAAGAAGCUGGCUGGCCAGCAGAGAACACGUCCUAAUAUGGGAGCAUUGAGGAGUAAAGGGCCAGUGGUUCAGUACACCAGUGAUGGACUCAUUGGAGCCUCUCCUGUCAAAUCACCGCCGGCUACACUGAGUCCAACCUUACAAAUACCCCAACAACAACAACAGCAGCAGCAGCAGCUACAGCAGCUGCAGCGUCCACAAGCCCAGCAAAUCCAGCAAACCCUGCAAAUCCAGCGAAACCAACAAACCCAACAAACCCAGCAAAUCCAACAAACCCAGCAAACCCUGCAAAUCCAACAAACCCUUCAAACACUUCAAACCCUUCAAACCCAGCAAACCCAGCAAAUCCAGCAAACCCCUCUGCCGCUACGUGUUGACAAUAAACAUCAGAUGGCGAAGAAGAGUACUUCUCCAUUUGUCCCUGGGGUGGGAGGCACACAUGCCUCCAAAGUACUGCAGUCUCUUUCGUCCAGUCCUACUAGCCUGCCUGGUGGAAGAACGAUGAAUCCCCCAAAUACUUUCACACAAUCGUAUCAGAGACCACAGCCAACACUGGCCCCUGCACCUCCUCCUUUGACCCAAGUGAUGGCCUCCAUCCCACAACAGCCCUCAUAUCGGGCCCCGACAGAUCGCAUCUUCUACAUGGCCCACACGUGUCAGCCUGCCUGUCUGAAACGUAUCCGGCCUGCAAAAUCAGACAUGCACAGUGGAAAGAACCCACUCCUCAUGCCUUUACUGUAUGACUUCAGACGAAUGAUAGGACGACGCAAAGUAAACCGCAAGAUGUUCUUCCACGUGAUUUACAAGGCUCCGUGUGGGCUUUGUCUGCGUAACAUGGCAGAGAUCCAAACCUACCUCUUCCAGACACUCUGUGACUUUAUAUUCUUAGAGAUGUUCUGUCUGGAUCCCUACGUACUCGUGGAUCGUCCCUUCCAGCCACAGAGGCCAUUUUAUUACAUUCCAGACAUCACUGGUGGAAAAGAAGACAUUUCUCUUUCCUGCGUCAAUGAAAUUGAUUCCACUCCACCUCCUAAAGUAGCCUACAGUAAAGAACGUAUCCCUGAAGAUGGAGUGUACAUCAACACCGGUGCAGACUUCCUGGUUGGGUGUGAUUGCACCGAUGGUUGUCAAGACAAGUCCAAAUGUUCCUGCCACCAGCUGACCCUUCAGGCUACAGCUUGUACACCCGGGGCACAGGUCAACGUGAAUGCUGGAUAUUCAUACAAACGAUUGGAGGAAUGCCUGCCUACAGGCAUUUACGAGUGUAAUAAGCGGUGCAAAUGUUGUGCUGAGAUGUGCACUAAUCGGCUUGUUCAGCACGGCCUGCAGGUGCGUCUCCAGCUCUUUAAGACCCAAAACAAAGGCUGGGGCAUCCGAUGUCUGGAUGAUGUGGCCAAGGGCUCUUUUGUCUGCAUCUAUGCUGGUAAAAUCCUGACAGAUGACUUUGCAGACAGAGAGGGACUUGAAAUGGGUGACGAAUAUUUUGCCAAUCUGGAUCAUAUUGAGAGUGUGGAAAACUUCAAGGAGGGCUAUGAGAGCGAGGCUCACUGUUCGGACAGUGAGGGAAGCGGUGUGGACAUGUCCAGGAUGAAGGUCAAACCAUCUGCUUUAGCAUCAACUAAUCCUGCAGCGCGACAGCCCACAAAGGCCCAAAGCUCAAGUUCAUCAGAAAACAGCAACGACGGGGAUGACAAAGACUCCAAGAGCGAAGAUGACAGUGACAGUUCAGAUGACACGUUUGUUAAGGACAACUACUUCAACCCCAGCUCUGUGUGGAGGAGUUACACAACGCGUGGUCAGGUCAAGAGCAAUAAGGAAGGGAGUCAAGACAGUAAAGAUGGAUUGAGUGCAUCAGUCAAGGGAACCAAUGAACAGAAGCCACCGUCCAUGCCAGAGGAGACAGGGAAAAGCAAAGUAGCUUCCUGGUUAACGAGCCAGGGGCUGAAGAAGGAAUCUGGAGACCACAAAGGUCAAGUGAAGCCAGAAACAGGGAAGAAGCAGGAUGUGAUGACUCUGUCUGACAGUGACGAUGUUCAGACCAUCAGCUCUGGAUCUGAUGACAACAAAGAGAAAGAAAAAGUCACCCCAGGUGUUACUAAGAAGCAGGUAGCGGUUAAAUCUACUCGCGGCAUCGCUCUGAAGACCAGCCAUAGUAUGAUGGUAAAGACAGGUGCACCUGGAGGUGGAGGAGGUCCGGGGCGUCAGGGAGGAAAAUCAGGGCAGCAGGGACACACCGGAGGAGGCGGAGACAACACUCCCAAAAACACGCGACAAUUCUUUGAUGGCGAAGAGUCUUGCUACAUCAUUGAUGCCAAGUUGGAAGGAAACCUAGGACGGUACCUCAAUCACAGCUGUAGUCCAAACCUUUUUGUCCAGAAUGUGUUUGUGGACACUCAUGAUUUGCGAUUCCCCUGGGUGGCAUUCUUUGCCAGCAAGCGGAUCCGGGCCGGCACAGAACUGACAUGGGAUUACAACUAUGAGGUGGGCAGUGUGGAGGGUAAAGUACUGCUCUGCUGCUGUGGAUCCACUGAGUGCAGAGGCAGACUGCUGUGAUCUGGACUACACUCCUCCUCAUCCUGCAUUUGAGUGUAACUUUGUGUUUUUUUUAAGUUUAAUUAUGGAUUUUAUUACAGCUGUGUUUUUUUCUUUUCUUUUUUUUAUCAACAGGCAUUCAGAUUUAUCUUAUCCUUGUCAUAUUUACCCCUGAAUAAAAUUCAGUUUUCUUCAGCAAA